AAAACAUUGAGCUCACAGACCAAGCCGGACGAAAAUGCGACAUGCCAUUCGGACACAAUGCCGCGCAGCCGCUGCGCAGUCGCGGGUGUUGCCAUGAGCGUGAUAGCGAAAAAGCGCGUCGUUAUAACGCACCGUUUCACGCAGGUGGAGCACGGCACCGUCUUGUCGCAGCGUAUCUUCAGGCGGCGGCACUCCGCACAGGCGAUCUCGCCCCGGACGCGUUUGGAGGCUCUAUUAAGUAGGUGUCGCUGGGCCUGAGACGGGACGAGUGUCUCUUCGAUCGAGGGCACUGGUGGAGGUGCAGAGCGAGCGAGGGGCCGCUCGUAGGGAGACGGAUGCAUCGUUCGCGGGGAAAGUGGGAGUCUGUGCGAAUAACCUCAUCCUGGCUGUUUGGCUGCUCGAUUGAGCACGUCGGAUUGUCACGGUAGUGGCGGUGAUGCUGUGUAAGUCCGAUCUCAUCGGCGCUGAUCGAUGACCGGUCUCCGAUCCGAGUACGACCAAGGUAGCAGCGUCUUGUCACUCCCGAAAACACCUCGCGACGCACGGCGGCAUUUCUCGGGCAUCGGAAGGCUCCCGCGAAUUUUCAUGAUAAGUGGUCGCGUGCGCCACCAUGACCACCGCCCUUGCGCUGGAGACUUCGCAGAAGACCUUUCUGGGGCCUUCAUAGAGGUGUCGAGUUGAUUGGGGCGAGUAAGUGGGUGAACCUCGUCAUAACUUCGAACUUGGUCGGAUGACAACACGGUCUGCUCUCGCCGAACGUGGUGCUCGAGGGUCCUUGGGAGAACCGCCAGAUCUGUGGGAUACCACCAUCGAUCGAUGCUUGAUCUUUGAAGCCAUCCAUUGUUCUACACUUUGACCACGCAAAAUCUGAUGCGCUUUCUGGCUCAAACCUGUUUUCUCGAAAUGGAUGGGGGCAGACAAUGCGUCGGGACGCUUAAAUAGUCUGGUCUGGAUCGACCGUCUCUGCUCUCCUUGCUCAUCCUUGUCGGCCGUUCUCGUCAGCUCAACUCCGAAAUGACUGAGUACGAUUUCUCCCCAGAGGCGAUGGAGCGGUAUCAGGCCACACAGAACCGGAUCCAGCGAUGGACCCAAGAUACUUCAAGCACGAACCAGGCGGAUCCGUAUGCUCCGGCUAUACCUGUGCCCCAACGGGGAGCCCAAGUAUUUCCUGCGGCCAGUGUGCCCAUGAGCACCGGAACGCAGGAGGCGUGGGCGCGCAAGAAGCAGAGUGCGGUCGAGAAGCUCUCUGGAGUGCAGUCGUCUUCUGCGGCUGCUGCGGCUGCAGCCGCGGGUAAUGAGAUCUACAGCUACUCUCGGCAGUCCGGACCGCACGGUUCACAGCUUACGAUCCACACGCAGACCAGCAAAGGGACGUACAUCCAAAGGCAGACCUACCAGCAGACGACUACUCGCGCUGCUGCUCCUACUGGGCCCGGCUUUUCUGCACCGCCGCCGCCACCACUGUACGGAGCGGGGUCUCACCGGUCCAGGGCCCCAUCAAACCAGAGCGCUUACGAUCUCGCCGCGACUGCGCAAGGCUCACAGCGCACCCGUGCAUACUCCACCGUCGGCACUAUUCAGCCGGCCAACAUCGGUAUCUACGCAGCAGCCCCGUGCGCAGCAGCCCACCCCGCCUACCAGCGGGACCCCGGCCACCAGCCGCGAGCGUCACAAAAACCCAGGUCCAAGUCGUCCGCGGCGCUGAGCGCGCAGUACCACGCAGCGGCUCAACAGGCUGCCCCACCCGUCCCCACCGUACCAGCCAGCUUCUACGCCAACGCGCGCGCGGCCAAAUCGUCCGCGACGCUCUAUGCCGCUGCCGAACCGCGGAAAUCCAAGUCCAAGUCCACGUCAAAACGGGCGCAUCGGGAGCGGCAUCCGAUCCCGCCUCAGUUCGGGCUCCACGGCGAAUAUCAUUACGUGACUUCGUCCCAGAUAUCGAUCCAGCCGGUUCCCGAAUCGCACUCGACAGCGGGCCAAGUACUUGCGCACCAGCCCAAGCAGUCGCUAUUCAAGCGGAUGUUCCACGGCAAGAAGGGCAAACAGGACACACUACCACGCUCCCUCAUCGCGUAGGGUUAACGUACCUGAUGGACUGUUCAACUAACUGUACUCUCUAUGCAAUGCCAACACCAUCUGAAUAAUGUCGUAUCGGAACCUGUACAUGUGUCUGACUCCGUACUGAAUUCCAUCCCAGUAAGAAUUAGACCUA